AUGGACCUCCUCCAGACUGUCCGUAAAGAAGGCUCGCGUGGCGGCGUGAACUUCAGCUGGGACUCCGUGAAAACGUCCCAGCACCGCGAGAACUAUCUAGGCCACUCGCUCAUGGCCCCAGUCGGCCGUUGGCAAAAGAAUCGAGAUCUGAACUGGUAUGCGAAAGCUUCCGAUGCGGACUUGACACCGGAGCAAAGGGCAGAGAAGGAGCGUGAGCAGAUGAAGGAGGAGCGGAGGCGGGUGAAGGAGGCCGAGGAGGAUGCGAUGAGGAAGGCUAUGGGCCUGCCGCCGCUGGAUAGGGGAGGACUUGAAGGCAAUGCAAACUUGGAGCCACUCGGGCCGACGAAUACACAAAUGGGAAAGGUUAAUCAAGCGGUGAAGGAGGCAUUGGCGGACGAAACCGAGGAGGUGGAGGACAGAUCGAGGUUGCCAGCUUCGAGACGACGCCGAAGACACAGAAGCCGAGAGCCCACGCGAGGUUAUGAUGGUGACGCUGACCACAAGAGUAAGAGUAGGAGGCGACGGAGGUCACGGACGACGUCUAGAGACAGAGACCGCAACCGAAAGCAUCGCCAUUACCAGGAUGAUCAUUCGAAUGUCGGCAGGCGGUACAGAUCACGCAGCAGAGACCAUCGAAGAGACGGUUACGAACGACGGUACUACCGACGAGCUGGCUCCCAUUCUCGAGAUCGUGACACGAAGUCUGAGCGCAGGCGCCUACGCAGUCGGACGAGGUCACGUUCGCCUUACCAGCGCCGUAGGUCACGAGACGAGCGAUGA